AUGAAGAGCAUGAAGUCUCGUCACGGCGGCAAUGAUCGCGGGGGAAUCCGCAAGCGGGGCCCUACUAGAACCGACCGGGAUGGCGACAUGGAUAUGGAUGCAAGCGGCGCCCGUGCAAAGAGAAAUCGUGCCGAGAAAUCUGCCCUGGGUGGCCGCGCCGCCGGUACAGGUGCAGGUGGCCGAGCUGCAGGAACUGGCCACCGGGCCCAGGCUCGCAACAAGCAGAGAGACUCGGAUCUGAUCGAGAGAGCCAUUUUCAGCGCCGACAGCCAAGCAAACGUUCAAAGCAGCAAAAAAAAAGCUGGUGGCAAUCUGGAACAAUUCAGUGUCCGAGGGUGGAAAUCAAGCAAGGCGGCAAGUAACCGUGAUGGCGGUCUUGAGAGCCUCAUCGCAUUCCUCGAACGACGUAUGAACUCCUUUAUCAAAUCCGGACCCCGCGCAAAGAUUACAAAGUCGCGCACUGAGGGUGACACUCUCGUGGCUUUCGUUCGACCUGAUCUGGCGGGUCACAUGCUUCGCAUUAACAACAAUGUCUUCGCCGGAGCUCAUGUUACUGUUGAAGCAUACACUGCUGCUACCGCACUCGACCAGGAACUGGCCGCAGCGGACCCAGUUCCUGGCUCGACCGCAGACACAAAGACUAAGAUGACUACCAUUCUUGGAAAGCGCUUCUUUCCUGCCACCAAACUGCUUGACUUGUCGAAGCUUUCGGACGACCCCGAUCUAAACGCUAUGGGAAUCUUCAACACCAUCUCUACUCAGUCCAAAUUUUUCCCUGCUCUUAUGAAAGUCUGGGAAUUAGGCUUCAAGACUGUAGCUGAGCGACGUGAAGCGGUCGAAAGUGUCAGUCUGGCGGAGAACAAGCUUAGCAACAUCAACUCCGUGACUACCCUCGCACAAUCUUUCCCCGACAUCCAAUAUCUGGACCUCUCGAAGAACGGCAUCAAAAAUUCGCAGGCGAUGAUUGGAUGGCGUUGGAAAUUUCGCAACCUCAUCUUCCUCGACUUGACUGAGAACGAGAUCAGUUCCGACCCAACUUUCAAGGACACUAUGCUUAAGUGGUAUCCCAAGCUGCAAACAUUAAACAAUGUCCAAGUGCGAACCCCAGAAGAGGUCGCGGCUCAGAAAAAGACACCGAUACCCGUCUUGCCCCCUCACUUCAUCGACGAAUCUCAAGUCGGCGAAAACUUCGUUCGUGCUUUCUUCCCUGGCUAUGACAACGAUCGCAACAGCCUCGUCAGCAGCGUCUACGAUGAUGAGUCUACUUUCUCGCUGAAUGUAAAUACCACGGCUCCCCGGGCCGGUCAAACUGAGCAGGCAGGUUGGGGUGAAUACAUCAGAAAGAGCCGAAAUCUCGACAAGAUCAGCCACCUUUCCGCACGCAUGUCCCGCUCCUUCAAGGGUAUUGAGAAAAUCCGUGAAGUUUUCAAUGCGCUCCCGCCUACUCGCCACCCUGACCUUGUCGCAAAGGCAGAGCAAUGGCUCAUCGAAUGUCACCCGGUCCCUCAUCUCCCCGACCCUACUAGGCAGAGCUCCACUGGCGUUGGUGGCCUCUCUCUCAUGGUGCAUGGACAACUUGAGGAGAGUGUUGGUGGCAAGAUUGAGACCCGAAGCUUCGAUCGAACCUUUAUUCUUGGCCCCGGUAAGACCCCUGGUGGCAUCCGAGUUGUCAGCGAGAUCUUCUGCCUGCGCGCUUUUGGUGGAUGUGAGGCAUGGUCCCCUGAAAUUCAGGCACUUUCCCAGGUCCCCCAAGUUCCAGUUCCCGGUCCGGUUCCCACUGCGGUUCCUGCACCCCCCGCAGUCCCCGCAGCUGCCCCGAGUGGCAUUUUUGCUGAAGGGUAUGGUUUGCCCCGACCCGGAAAGUCCGACACCCAGCUUCAGCAGGAGCAGAUGGUCACUCAGAUGAGUGCCAAGUCGGGCAUGACUUUGGAAUACUCAGAGAUGGCCCUCACAGGGAAUGGCUGGAAUGUCGAGCUUGCUUGGAAGAAUUUUGAACAGCUCAAGGAGGCACAUGUAGUGGACUACGAUCCGAUUGAACACUUGAAUGCAGUUUUCUCCCAUCCGUCCACCUUAUCCUCCGUUUCUCAGAUCGCCGACUCCCUGAACGAGUGCGAAGAUGGGCUGGACGAUGACAUCGGCAUGCUGGUGGAGGAGCAGGUCAUCUCCAAUGCCGAUAGCGUGGAACGAAUCCAGGCAGCUAAGGCUGACCUAUCCGAGCUGUUCAAGAAGAUCGAUGACGUGCGUGAGCGCGCAUUGAAGACCGAGCAGGCAAUCACCGAUAUGACAGCCGAAAUCAAGCAAUUAGACAACGCGAAGAAGAACCUCACACUGUCGAUGACGGCGCUCAAGCGCCUCCAGAUGUUGACUACAGCAUAUGACCAGCUUCAAGCUCUCAGCCGGACGCGGCAAUAUGGAGAAUGUGCACAGCUACUCCAAGCUGUCAUUCAGCUCAUGGCCCAUUUCAAGUCUUACCGAUCCAUUGAACAAAUUGCAAUUCUUAGUCGGAAUGUCGCGGACAUACAACGGGACCUCCAGGAGCAGGUCUGUGAAGACUUUGAACUGGCCUUCGCCAAGGGAGAGGUCGGCCCGAAGCGCGCGAUGCUCGCUGAGUCGUGUCUGGUCGCAGAUGCUCUGGGUGAACACGCACGGUCCCGACUAGUGACUUGGUAUUGCAAUACACAGCUACGUGAGUACCGGCAGGUCUUCCGGAACAAUGAGGAGGCUGGAUCAUUGGACAACAUCUCCCGUCGAUAUUCAUGGUUCCGGCGCAUUUUGAAGAUAUAUGAUGAAGAGAAUGCGGCCAUUUUCCCGGCUUCAUGGAGGGUUAAUGAGGUAUUAACUAAUGCCUUCUGUGAGGGUACACGAGAGGAUUUCAAGGGUAUUCUAUCUCGAUCUGUACGAAGCGGACAGACUAUAGAUGUCAAUUUGCUCCUCUCAUGCUUGCAAGAGACACUUGAUUUCGAGCAUUCCCUUGAACGCCGCUUCGCCUCUUCAUCGCGUGCAUCUGUUGAUACAUUCGCCUCCACCGAACCACCUGUGUUCAACCAGUCGAUUUCCGAGGCCUUCGAGCCAUACCUCAGUGUCUGGGUCGAGGCUCAAGACAGGCAACUUGCAGCCCUGCUACCGAAAUACCGCCAACAACCGCUCAAGGUACCGGAUGAGGAGUUCAGCUCGCAUAGUGUAAUAUCAUCUUCGACCGAGCUAUUCACUUUCUAUCGGCACGCUUUGCAACAAUGCGCCAAGCUCUCAACUGGUGGCAGUCUGGCGGAGCUAGCCAAGGUGUUCGCCAAAUAUCUGGACCAAUAUGCUCAGCAGGUCCUUCUCAAUUACAUAAGUGAACGACCAACAGUUCACACGCCAUCUAGGGUGCCCUCGGUGGAAGAUUAUAUUUCAGUCUUGAACACUGCUGAUUACUGCUACACGACUUGCACCCAAUUGGAAGAGAAGAUUAGGGGUAGAUUGGAUGAGAAUUUGAAGCAAUCCGUGGAUUUGCAAAGUCAGGCAGACUCUUUCAUGGGCAUUGCCUCUGCUGCUGUACGAGGCCUCGUGCGCCAAGUCGAAGUCGAUCUCGAGCCUUCCUGGCGCGAGAUGCGUAAUACCCCUUGGGCUAAAAUCGAGGCUGUCAGUGAUCAAAGUUCGUAUGUGAGUGAGAUGCUCUCCCGGACAAAGGAGAAGGCAACAGGGAUUUUGCAAUUGCUGCAUAAGCAGCAGUAUGCGCGUGCCUUCUCCGAUCAUCUGGUUGAGCUCAUCUCGAGCCAGUUCAUUAGCAAUGUCUUCCAAUGCAGGCCUCUUUCAGAAACUGGCGCCGAACAGAUGCUUCUCGAUUCCUAUACUAUCAAGAGCGGUCUUUCAUCCCUCCUGCCUGCACCAGCGCCCGUCGGCUUUGUCAAACGUGUGAACAACAGCUUCUUCAAAAUCGAGACUCUUCUCAAAACCCUCCAGGUCCGGCCGUCACCACCGGAAGCCCUUGUGCAAGCAUACCUCAUCCACAUUGCCGACCGUAAUAACAACAACUUCCGCAAAAUUCUCGAUCUCAAAGGCAUCCGCAGCCGCCAAGAUCAAAAUCACCUUGUGGAGUUAUUCCAGCUUCACCGUGCAUCCGACCGCUAUGCAUCCAGCCUCCAGCAGAGCAAUCCAAUCCUCGCCGCUCUCCAAGGGCCACCCGUCACCGCCACCAGCUCCGUAUCCCAAGGAUUGGGUCUAGGCAGCGCCGCCGCAGUCAUGCCCUCCCGCUUUGACGCCUCCAUGCUCGGCUCUGCCUUGAUUUCCGCUGCUAAAGACGGUGUUGACCGCUUCGGAAACCCCAGUCUCAGCACUCUGGGUGCUAGUGUAGUUGGAGCUACUGGGACAGCUGCAUCAACGGCUGGCGGGACCAGCCCAUCAGGCACUUUGUCCCCUUCCCUGGCCAGCUCGGCCCUACAAUUUAAUCUCAUGCAAACACCAACAGAACUUGCAUCAGGAAACCUCAAUGAGAACCUUAAGAAUAUUGGCAAGUUCUUCCGCCGCGAUCUUGGCGGUUUUGGAGGCCGGUUCGGGCGGAGUACUGAGGAUGGUGCGUAG